AUGAUUAUUCCACUUAUGCGCCCAAUAACGUUCGUAAUGGGCAUCUGCCUGAUCACCACAGGGACGUGCAUCACUUCGAUUGGCAAGCAGGAAUGGUACAGCUGCAGGGACUACGUCCAGCUGAGCUCUGCCAUUCUGACCGGGCCGGCAUUGCUGCUGUUCGGAGUGAACCUGGUGCUGUGCAGUGUGUUCGGAAUGCACGACUGGGUGAAGCUGAGCAAUUCGGCGCUGCUGAUCGGUGUAGCAAUGUUCUCGGCGGUUAUUAACUCAAUAAUCGGCAUUCGCUGCGAGUCCAAUGAGAAGUACUGGACAGGCAGUCUAAAUGAGAAAUGUAAUAUGGUCUCUAAUAUGAUCGGACCUAGCUGCCGCCUGUCCAAGCAAGAACUGCUCCUCAGGUCUACAGACCCGAGUUUCAUUCAGAUGCGUGACCGUGCGGUCGAGAACAAGAACCUGUACUUCUGCGGCAGCUUUCUUUCGCUGAUGCUGUGCGUGUGGAUGUGGUAUUGCGCGACGGCUGCUGCGAGGGAGGAGGCGUUACAAAGAACCAUAGAGAGAGAAAACGUCGUUUUCGUCAUAGCUCAAAAUCCACGUGUCAAGAAUGGAGCUCGAGCAAACCAAGUUAGCCGUGCAGCAGGCGCAGUUGAGAACAAUUUUUAA